CCCCAACAUGAAGUCCCUAAAGCUCGUUAUUCUCAUGCUGGCCCUGCUCUUGGACAUGGCUGCUAUACGCUCAGUCUCAUCAGCUGAAGAAGAAGACUUCAUGUUUCAUCUAGACCAGGAUGACAGCAUCGCUGCUGAAGCUGAAAAUUCUGAUCAACUUCCAUUACUUGAAAGCGAGCAGCCGAUAUCGCUUAGGGGGACUAGCCGGUUUCUGACGGAGGCGGCCCGGAUCAAGGUGACGUGCGACAAGUACCCUACAGUAUGCCGAGCCAAGGGAAGUGCAGGGAAGUACUGCUGCAAGAAGAAGUGUGUGAAUGUGAGGACGGACAGGCUCAACUGUGGGGCGUGUGGGAAGAAGUGUAGGUACUCUGAGAUUUGCUGCAAAGGGGAGUGCGUCAACCCUUCUUCAGACAGGAGGAAUUGUGGGGGCUGCGGCAAGAAGUGUAAGAAAGGGAGUCUCUGCGUGCAUGGGAUGUGCAGCUACUCGUAGAUUUCUGAGCAUUGUUGCUUUACAUGAUGACAACCAUGAGCCAGUUCACAGUGCCUGAAAUCCAAGACACUUCUUCUCUGCCGGACUGGCCGCUUCCUGCUCAUUCCUGAGCAAGGAGAGAAGGAUUGCAGGAACUGUGGAUGGAGUGUGUAGUUACAAAUAAUAAUUGCAUGUAUACUUCAUAUGAUGGAAAGCGGAUCGUGUUGAUGAUUCGUUCAAUAAAAGAACAUAUGGGAUAUGC